AUCUAAUUUCUCAACAAUAUUUCACUCUGUCUCUCUGAGUUUUGUCUAGUUUCACUCGCUCGACAAUGGAAACUGAAUCUUUCAAACUCGAUGUUCAUGUAAAAGCUUUGUCUCAACCUCCGUCGUUAGGGUUCUUAAGUACGGUAGUAAUCAGUCAAUACAGAGAAGUAGAGGAAUUUCUCAUUAACAACAAGGAUAAUUGUGUCACGAGUCUCGGAUCUUACCCGGAUGAUUCUUCUACUUGUCACGACCCACUAAUCUCUCUGACACUCCCAAGUUUCAAACCAAACGACGUCUAUCAACAUCUCCAGACCCAACUCCACGAUCAUGACUUGUCCGAGCAAAUAUCUUGUAAGAUUGUCGAAGCCCAACAACGGCAAACAAGUCAAAGUGUUUACUUGCCACAACAACCACCUUUAUUCAUAAUCGUCUCUGUCAAAUUGACACACAAGGUUUACGUCGUUGUGCCUCCGUUGGCAACAGAUUUGGACCAAGAGAUGAGCCAAGGAGAAGAAGAAGAAUCGAAGACUUGUGCCAUCUGUUUGGAGGAAUUGUCGACAUCCGAUGAUUACUGCGAGUUGCCUAACUGCACUCAUUGUUUUCAUGAACCAUGUCUCACUCAGUGGUUGAUCCGAGGUAAUAACUCAUGCCCUCUCUGUCGCAAACCUGUUGACAAACAACCACAGUGA